GUCCGGGCAGUCCGGGUUUGUUUACAAAUGGCGACCGGUGCGGACGGCGAGGGAAUUCUGUCGUCUCUGCCGUAUCAGGUCCUCCUGGUGUUCGGCGGAUGGUUUUACGUGGUGUUCGCGGCUGUGGAGCUCUUCCUUUUCCUUUUCAAAGGAAUGAGCCUUCCCUACCCUAAGGGCAACAUGGCAUCAGAAGUGUGCCUGCUCACCUUCACCACUGUUGUAGAGAGCGUCAGGCUGUCCCUGGGCAAGCGCGGCAACCUGACCGAGCGGAGCCCCUGCGUGCUGCUGUCCCUGCUGCUGACCGUGCCGGCCGCCCUCUCGUCCGUCUACUUCCUGCUCUGGCAGACGUAUGUGCUGCGGCUGGACGUCGUCCUUGCGGCGGUCCAGCUGGGCUUCCAGGCGCUCCAGAGCCUCUUUGCCCUCUCCAGCGUCCUGGCCUUCGGAAAGUGAGGGCUGAGCCCGCUGCCGGGCGUCCUCCGACCGUGCCCGGACGAGUCUCCGGCCAUCGCGUUUACCACGCCCUAGAAAGUGGUCCCUCGGUUCAUGCCCGAGUACGUCAAAGAAGCGUCCCGGCCCCGCUCUGCCGCUCGUCGCUUUCCAGUUCCACAUUCUGUGCAAGCUUUGGCCACCGGGGGUUGGGGCGGACGUGUGCACUUGGUCGUGCUUUUUGCCGGAACUGCGGCUUUUCCAACGUCAUUUGCUGCCACUUGGGGAGGACCUUGAACGUGUCGGCAAGGUAGGACAUGUCGGUCGGAGACACGUUCCAGCAGGCACGUAGCCAGGGGGGAGGCCCAUGGGGCCCGGCACCCCCCCCCCCCCCCCGAAAUCAUCCAUGUUGCAUGGGUCCUCCUCUCCCCCCUUCCCCUCAUACAGCAUUUUGUCAUGGGUGGGCCCCCCGAAACAAAAUCCUGGCUAUGUGCCUGUGUUCCAGGCACCACGUCCGACGGCCGAGGCUAGAGCCACUAAAUAAGCCGGACCUAAAGAGUAACAAUGUGCCAUCUUCGUGACAAAAAUGAGCCUCCUACGGGUCGGCCUUUCCGGAGGCGCAGUGAGGCACGGCAGGUGUAUCACUGGGAUGCGUGUUAACCAACCUGGUCCUUGCUGCAUUGCGGUGACAGUCUGCAGAUGGCUCGUUAAAAACUCUCAACCCACCCGUAGCCGCCACUUUGCGGCGCCACUGCGUUUCUAUGAAAACAAAAUCGCUAAAGGGAGGCUCGCCGCCAUUUUCUCUGAAUCGAGUUUCUACGACGGCAUUUGAGAAAUGGAGGUCUCUAAACAGACAUUCGCUAAAAUGAGCUUCAAUAAAAAGGAUACCUCUGGCUUAAGAUUAUUGCUGGCAGUUACGCGAGCGGCAGAAAACACUCUUCCGUCCUCCAGAGGCGUGAAAUGAGUCCGAGCAAACUGACGUCGUCCAAGCUUCCAGACACUCUAUCUAAAGCUCGGAAAAAGGCACUUUAGAAUCCUAACUGUUGCCAGUUGUGCCCGCUCCACAGACAAGACCCUCCCACAAAGAUCUCUACGAUUGGUGCUUUCUUUUCCAGCAUUCACUCUGCUAAAGUGGAAAGAGGUUUUGUGGGAGGAACUUAUCCCGCUUUUUUGGCAGGACAGUCUUGAUGCAACAAAAUGGUAGCACUCGCGAGAUAAUUGGAGAACAGAGGGUGGAUACCCUAAGCGUAGCAGUGGCUCUAGUUGAAACCAGCGUGGUUGGGUUUUUCAAUCACCGGCAUACGUCUCCUAUCGCCCAGCUGCGUCGGAGACGGUGCAACGUAGGAAGCUUCUUCUUUCCAGUCACAGUUGCCGCACCUUGUCGGCACUUCUCAGCAAGCCAGGAGCACGAGGUCGGGGCUUUCUAAAGGAUGCCUCAAAUCGUGGAGCUUGCCGUAAAAUGGGCACAAAAAUCGGUGCCUGCAUGUAGCAAGUUCGAACUAUCGCCGAAAGUGUGCUUAGUGGAUUUUGCCUUCCGAAACUCGAAGGCAUAGCUCAGUUUCUGUGAAAAAUCAAAAUACCUUUGACAUUUUCAAUAGCUGACGUCGGCACGGGCGACUGAGUCGCCAGAGAGUCAUCUAUAUUGUUUUUACGUGCUCCCGAACAUCCGACGCGUCGGUAAUUGUGCUCAAUGGGGGCCCCAAUCCUCAUAACGGAACAAAGACAUCGCCACCUGCUGCGAUUGGUCAGAGCCGUGCCACUGACCAACUGCGGCAGGCGACAAUGUCUUGGUCCCGCUAUGUGUGUUAGAGCCCCAGGUAGACUAGCGAUUAGUCAGAAACAACUUAAAGGGGCACUGAAGUCGAUUUUGAGGUCGUCCUUUUGUGGUGAAAACUCAAUCUAGAUGUUCUAAGCAUUCAAACAAACCCGACACCACAAGCGUGCAUAGCUUAUUUCCUCUUAAAAGCGUGUUCAAACACCGCGACACGCCCUUGGGAAGAAUUUUUUUCCGAGUAAAGUGGUUGAGGAAGGGCGCUUGUCGGCAAGUUGCGAACGAUGGGUUUGCCCGUGGAGAAAAAGAGUCAUAUCCGAAUGUGUACCUAUCACUCUCUUUGAAACGAGUUAUAAUAAAAUCAUUCAGGAUCUGCACAUAUUGUAGGGCUUUCAUUGGUCCACACAAUGUAGUCCGUGAGAAAAUAGAGUCCACAUGUUUUUCUAUUGCCCCGAGAUGAAUAGGCGGUUUUGUAAUAUAGGACUUGGCGUAUGUGGGAACAAACACAUUUUAAACAAUAUAAGAUCAAAAACAACCUUUUUUAAAUAUGACUUCAGUGGCCCUUUAAAUGCUGCAAAAUUUUAGUCGCAAGCAUUAAUAUCUGCUGACUGGGAUAAUUUGAUUAAAAAGAAAGACACGUAGAGGCUAGCAAAAAUAGUCUCGGAAUGUGUUCAUAAAUAGCUAGUGCGAGUCGAGGGCAAUCGUUUGAUCCGUGAAGGAACAGAUACAAACAUGGUCAUGCUCGUGGCACAAUCUAUCAAUAGGUGCAACAAACACUGUCAAAAGCAGACGGUUACCGAGUGCUUGCUGCACUCGUCGGGAGGUGGCGCCACAAGCACGGGCAGCUGUAAUCUAUGUCGGUGGUCGGAAAUGUCAAGGCUGUGAGUCAAAGUUUUUGCAGGAACAGAGCUACACUUUGAAACUUCAUAAGGUAAAGUACAUCACUAAAAUGUCGCCUUGUUGAACGUUUCAGCUCCUUACACGGACGCACUAGUCUUUCUGGCUCUUCGACUCGUAACACCCUAUGUACGCUAAUACUACAGUGAUGUCUCGUUGAGAUGAACACCUUUGUCCCCCCAAAAAAGCGUCCAUAAAGACGAUAUGAAAGUGCAUGUAUUCACCCAGUUCGUCCCCAAAAUGCAUGCAUCUCGUUUGUGAGCCCACUUGGACAUCUCUAGUCGGGGAAAGGAAAAGGCGUUCAAGAGGGCCACUGCUGUAUACUUUUCGCAAGGAGCUUAUUUAUUUUGCUGCCAGGGUCGUUCUACAUUCAUCAACACGUGUUAAGUUAACGUUUAUCUAUUUGUGACCUCUUUGUCCAUUUACUGGAGGCCAUAAUAUGCGUGGGGAACAAUAAUCUCCAAACAGCCAGAGUUAGGUGUGCGUAAGAAGCACUAUUCACACUAAAUAACUGGUGCAUUCUCAAGUUCAGAGUGAAAACUACGUUAGUACCAGCAGGAAAUAGUCCCAGUGAGAGUAAAAAAAAAAUACACAAGCUUGAUCACGCUGAGAAAGACUGGUAAGCGCAGAAUGUGCAACAGGCUUUCCAGGGAAGAUGAGAAGAGUGUCCGAAUGGCACUGCUUACGCAAGAUGCCGCCAGAUGGUGCUACGCAACUGAGCUUGCUCUUGCAUGAUCCUUACCACCGACCCUGGAUAGCUUAGUUGGCAAAGGGGAGACUUCAAAUCCAUCUGGUGUAGUCUUCUGCGCCGAUUUUUCGAUGGAACCGGCCGUUGCAGCCAGACGUUGUAGAGCUCCAUGGAAAUCGGCUGAUAAGACGCAUUGCGCAUUAUUAUAACCACUUAAUCCUCUUUCGGGGUCAAAGGAGCAGGGAUAUCACGUUUCGGGUUGCAUUUUGUUUUGCUCUGAAUCACACGUAUGGCAUCACUAAUUGCGAAACACAAUGUAGAAUAUGUCGAGAGACCUUACAUAAUUUAUUAGUCCUUUGUGCGACGGUGCUCAUUGAAUCGGUCGUGAAUUGUUGCAACUGUUGCGGCACAUCACAUGUGUAGCCGAAUCUGCCAGUUGACACACACAAAAGAAACAAGCACUUGCCUUUCACUACUGCUUUAUUUCCGGUAAGUAGACUGAAAGGGUGUCAAGAAUACACAUGCUGCAUCUGAACAUUCCAGUGGCAAAAUAGCAUUUGAUCUCUGUUCGAAGCAAACUGCAUGGACCAGAAGCAAAUGGCCUCCAUCGGAGGUGUAGUUGGAAAUUCCCGAUCGGUGGUUCGCAGGUCCGUACAGCGAAUCGCUGCUAGGCCUGUUUGCAUGUCCCGGACAAUUUAGAAGUUAAUUUGAAAGAUACAGGAAGAGGGGUGGAUUAAAGAUUGUGACCACUCUAUCCACACCACUGGUCUCCGCUUCCGAGCCUAAUCUAAGGUUUUUACGCCCGACAUGAGCAUAAUCUCUUGGAGAGAAAAUGGUUGUGGCAUCCAGUCAACACUAGUCGGUGUUUCUACAUGAUUGUGAUUGAAACGCAAAUACUACAUGGUGAACAGCUAGCAUUUUCCUUCUCUCAAUGUGAAACCAAAUGCGCACGGCACAAUACAGACAAAUGUAUGCCAUGUCCCGUCCCUUCGUAUUUAAGCGCGUUGAAAAUUCGACGGUCGUUCCGUUCGAUACUCCUCUGCAACAGUCUACUUUCGCGCAAGUGGGGAUCAAUAAAGUGAUAUUUUCUAUA